AUGGUUCCAUUGAUGUUCAUCUUCGGCCUCGCUGUCCUGGCCACAUCAAUGCCUAUCGAUGACCCACAAGAUGGGGGGAAGCACUGGGUAGUCCUGGUGGCCGGCUCCAAUGGCUGGUACAACUACAGGCAUCAGGCUGACGUGUGCCACGCCUAUCAGAUCGUCAAGAGGAACGGCAUCCCCGAUGAGCAGAUCGUGGUGAUGAUGUAUGACGAUAUCGCCGACAACGAGCAGAAUCCAACCAAAGGCAUCAUCAUAAACCGGCCCAAUGGGACAGAUGUGUACGCCGGAGUACUAAAGGACUACACAAAGGAGUUCGUCACUCCUGCCAACUUCCUGGCGGUCCUGAGAGGUGAUGCAGAGGCGGUGAAGGGAAAAGGUUCCGGGAAGGUGAUUAAGAGCGGACCGAACGAUCACGUCUUUGUUUACUUCACUGAUCACGGAGCCCCGGGUCUGCUGGCAUUUCCCAAUGACGAUCUCCACGUCGAGGAACUCAACAAAACCAUUCAAUACAUGUAUGACAACAAGAAGUACAAAAAGAUGGUUCUGUACAUCGAGGCCUGUGAGUCCGGCUCCAUGAUGAAUCACCUACCCAACAACAUUGACGUUUACGCCACGACAGCCGCCAACUCUCACGAGUCCUCAUACGCCUGUUAUUAUGACGAGAAGCGAGAUACCUACCUUGGUGAUCUUUACAGCGUCAGCUGGAUGGAGGACUCUGAUGUGGAGGAUCUGUUGAAGGAGACGCUUCACAAACAGUUUGUAUUGGUCAAACAACACACCAAUACCAGUCAUGUGAUGCAGUACGGGAACCGGACGAUUUCCAAGAUGAAGGUGAACCAGUUCCAGGGUGGCGCUAAAACAGCGGCCCCACGCAUGACCCUGGAGCCCAUACACAAUCUGGACCUGACCCCCAGCCCAGAGGUUCCCAUGGCCAUCCUCAAGCGGAAAUUCCUGGCUACCAAUGAUUAUAGCGAGGCCCGGGAUGUACUGAGCAGGAUAAAGGCCCUACAGGAGGCCAAAGCCUUGAUCAAGGAAUCGGUGAAGAAGAUUGUUUCUGUGGUGACGGAUUCCGACGAGUUCACAAACGAGAUUUUCACUCGAUCGGACGGAUAUUAAUGAUCGCUCGUGUUACCGCGCAGCCGCCGAGCGCUUCAGGAACCAGUGCUUCAACUGGCACAACCCCCUGUACGAAUACGCGCUGAGGCAGCUGUACACGUUGGUGAACCUCUGUGAAUCCGGAUAUCCGCUAGAGAGCAUCACCCGUGCCAUGGAUACCGUCUGCCGAGAUCUGCACUGA